AUGAAGGGCGACUAUGCUGUGUCGCGGAGUUUUGACGAAGUCACGGCGGGGCAUUGUCAGGAGCACGAGACGCUAGUCGAUCAAGAGUUAGUCGAUCAAGAGUUAGGGCAUGACGCUCCUGCUGUCUGGACUUCGCAACAGUCGAGCUCUCUCAACCAAGAUCACCUUCACCGAGCAACAGCCUCCUCCACCAGCGGACCGUCCUCACCACAGUCGUCAAUAGCGCUCACCAUUGACUCCGAAGCUUACGACUCCGAUUCGGACUUUGAGGUAAUUGAAGAGUGCGACAUUGCGGAGGGAGACUGGCAAGGCUUCCACAACAUGGACCACGCAGAGGCCAGCAGCAGUAACGACCACAACAACCCAGAUUGGGAACAGGCUGGCCACGAUGCGACAGUGCAGGAUCUGGCGGGACCAGGUGCACAUGGACGACUUGAAUGUACUGUGAGUAGUCCUCAGAAGGAGGGUCAGGGCACCCAAAAUGCAUAUGUUUCCUACCUCGUCACGGCCGAUACAGACUUCAAGUCGUUCCAGUCAUCACACACCAGCGUACGACGGCGAUUCACCGACUUUGUAUUCCUCUAUCGAACCCUUGCCAAGGAGUAUCCGCAAUGCGCGGUGCCGCCGCUCCCAGACAAACACAGCAUGAUGUACGUGCGAGGGGACAGAUUUGGACCAGACUUCAUUGCACGGCGAUCCUUCUCGCUGGGGAGAUUCCUCAAGCGUCUAACACUACAUCCGGUGCUGAGGCGAGCCACAAUUCUCACACUAUUCCUGGAGUCAAGCGACUGGAAUGCGACAAUGAAGAGCCGGCCCAACCGGGGCAUGAGCGGUAGUGAAGGGGGUAAUAGCUCGGUACUUGAAAGCUGGACAGACAGUUUCUUGAACGCGUUUACAAAACCGCACAAGACGGACAAGCGCUUUCAGGAUGUCAACGACCGGGCUGGAAAGUUAGACGAUGACCUCUUGACGGUCAGCAAGACUGUCGCCAGAGUCGCAAAGAGGGAGGGUGAUCUCGAAUCCGAUUACGCAGAUCUUGCUGUCCAGUUUCAAAAGCUGGCAGCACUGGAACCAGGCGUUCAAGACGAGCUGACCAGGUUUGCUGCGAGCGUGCAGAGCACCAGCGAAGGCUGGAAAUUAAUCAAAGAACACACAGAUCAGGAUUAUCUUGGCUCUCUGAAAGAUAUGGAAGCAUACAUCACUUCCGUCAAGUCGCUCCUCAAAACUAGGGAGCAAAAACAACUCGACUUUGAAGGCUUGACGGACUAUCUUACAAAGGCAGCCCAGGAACGCGACACCCUCGCAAGCCAUGGAUCUGUCGGCGYAUCUGGCUUUCUCCGACAGAAGAUCGAAGACGUCCGCGGUGUAGAUCACGAGCAGUCACGCAGGGAGCGACAGAGAAAGCUGGAGGUGCAGAUCAGUCGUCUUACCACCGAAGUUGAGAAUGCAAAGAAGACGAGUGAGGCGUUCGAUGAGGAGGUCGUCAAGGAAAUCUCAGACUUCGAACGAAUAAAAGCGGCAGAGUUCCGAGACGCACUGGGAGGGCUAGCGAGUGCAAACAUUGACUUCUUCAAGGGGAAUAUAGCUGUCUGGGAGAGAUUUGUGGAGGAGGAAGAGAGACGGCAGGCAGAAGUGCGCGAGAGCAGAACAUGA